AUGUCCUCAACAGACAAUUAUGACCCCUUGGAACAUCUGGAUUUGAUCUUCUCGCACCCUUCCACACUGUCGUCCGUUGGACAGACCUACGAGGCUCUUCAAGCAUACCAAGAUGAUCUUGACGACGAGAUCGAGGCGCUCGAGGAUGAGCAGAUCCGGUCAAAUGCUGAAUGUCUGGAGCGGAUGGAGGCGGCCAAAGCAGAACUGGCCGACCUGUUUCAACGCAUCGAACACGUGCGCGAGCGAGCGUUACAGACGGAGCGCAACAUCACCGAAAUGACGGCGGAUAUCAAGCAGUUGGACAACACGAAGAAGAAUCUUACAUUGUCUAUGACGGCUCUGAAGAGGUUGCAGAUGCUGACAACGGCAUAUGAGCAACUGAGGGCGUUGAUCAAACCGAGGCAGUACAGAGAAUGUGCCCAGCUCUUGCAGGCAGUCAUCCAGCUUAUGGCAUAUUUCAAAUCGUACCGCUCCAUUGACCAGAUCGCCACUUUGAGUAGAAACGUGGCGGACUUGCAGCGGGAACUUUUGGAACAGGUCUGCGAGGACUUCGAGAUCACUUUCACCAAGGAGGAGGUGCCGCAGAAGAGAGGAUUGCUGCAUGAAGCCUGCCUGGUAGUAGACGCUCUUGGUGACUCGGCUCGAUCGAGGUUGAUCACCUGGUACUGCAACACCCAGUUACGACAGUACCGCCAUAUAUUCAAGGGGGACCAGGAAGCCGGGUCCCUCGACAACAUCGAUCGGCGAUACGCGUGGUUCAAGAAGACCUUGAAGAUAUAUGAUGAGGAGCAUGCGGCCAUUUUCCCGCCACACUGGCGUGUCAACGAAAUCCUGGCCAACGUAUUCGCCGAAGGGACGCGAGACGACUUCAAAGGCAUCUUGUCCAGAUCAACGCGUAAUGGGCAAACAAUUGAUGUCAAGCUAUUGGUAUCAUGCCUUCAACAGACUCUCGACUUCGAGCAUGGUCUCGAAAGGAGAUUUAAUCAGACUUCUCGAACGUCCAUUGACACAACAGCCUCCGCUAACGAUGCUCAAGUUUUCGGUCAGCCCAUCUCAAGUGCUUUCGAGCCGUAUCUGAGCUUAUGGGUCGAGGCACAAGACAAAGAGCUGGCCACACUGAUACCACAGUACAAACAAAGGCCGGCUAGGCUGCCAGAUGAAGAGUUUUCUUCUCAGCAAGUCAUCGUCUCCUCUACCGAGCUGUUCAACUUUUACCGCCAUGCCCUGGCACAGUGUGCAAAGCUCUCCACGGGACAACCGUUGCUCGAUCUAUCAAGGGUAUUUGGCCGCUAUUUGGAUCAGUACGCUCAGCAGGUGUUGCUGUUCUACAUCUCAGAGAAGCCGUCAGGUGGGACGCCAUCUCGGAUCCCCACUGUUGAAGACAUGAUUCUAGUCCUCAACACUGCCGAUUACUGUUUCAACACGUGCAACUCCCUCGAAGAAAAGAUCAAGAGUCGCAUCGACGAAAACCUGAAGGAUAAUGUUGAUCUACAGAGUCAGGCGGAUGCCUUUAUGGGUAUAGCUAGUGCUGCUGUCCGUGGCCUCGUUCGACGCGUCGAGGUUGACCUCGAGCCAAGCUGGAGAGAAAUGCGCAAUAUGGCGUGGUCGAAGAUUGAAAGCUGCGAGAACCAGAGCGCUUACAUCACUGGCUUAGAGAGCCGCAUCAAAGACAAAUCGGGCGAGAUCUUGGGGAUGCUUCACAAACAGCAAUAUGCCCGGGCCUUUGCCGACAACCUGGUGGAACUGCUGGCAUCGACCUACAUCUCCAAUGUUGCACAGUGUAAACCCAUUUCUGAGGGUGGAGCAGAGCAGAUGUUACUGGACACCCAUGAAAUCAGAAACACGUUAAGUCACAUCUUGCCCGGAACGCCUCCCACAUUGUUCCUUAAAAGGGUUGCGGCAGCCUUCAACAAAAUCGAGCCACUGUUGAAGACUCUACAAGUUCGACCGUCUCCACCGGAAGCUCUGGUUCAGGCCUACCUUAUUCACAUUGCCGACUUGUCAGAAGUCAAUUUCCGCAAGAUUCUCGAGCUGAAAGGGAUACGUGGCAAGACAGAGCAGAGCCAUCUGGUGGAACUCUUCCAGAUGCAUAAGUUUAGUCCACGGUACAAAGACUCUUUGGUGGAGAAGUCUCCCCUGCUCACCUCGUUGAACUUGUCUGGCUCGACAUCUACCAGUGGUGGUAACAUGGCCAACUCUAGCCCAGCCACUGCUUUGCACAAUCUCUCGGCCCUGGGCAAUUCAGCAGCUGCCUCACUGAGCACGGCCAACUUGCCGGCGAACAUGAAGUUCGAUGCCUCUGGGCUAGGCAACGCAAUUAUCGACCGGUUCAGCAGCCCGAGUCUGGGAGGCAUAGGGACGCCCAGAGAAGGGGCACUCAGUCCACCACCAGCUAGUGGAGGCGCAGCUGGCGGUGCCAUGGUAGGAGACGGCACAUCUUCGGCUGGAUCAGGCGAAGCAGGUGCAAAGCUAAAUGAGAACCUCAGAAAUAUUGGCAAAUUCUUCAAGCGUGACCUGGGUGGAUUUGGAGGGAUCGGCCGGUUCGGCAGUAACAAGACAGCCAGUUCUGCCCCUUCUGAGGAAAAGAUGAAUGGACGAUAG